ACUAGCUCCAACCUAGCAUGUCAUACAUUCGACAACAACAACGACCUCUCAACCGGAAGCGGAAGAACCUAACUCCCCCUCCGCUUCUUCUCUUAAAGCUACAGUGUCCUCUUAGGUGAAUGUCUCUCAUUAUAUGGUUUGGGUCACCACAACACAUUGUAUAUGCAGCCAUAAAAGUUUCUUUUUAGCUUAAAUAUUUGUUUUUGAGCGUCAAAACUUUGUUUACAGUGGAUGAAGCGGUUAAAUAGAUGUUUGACGUAGAUAUGAGUCAAACUUUUUUCAUCGUUUCAUCAACAAGUUUCAAACAGUCAAUCAAUCGUCUAGACGUAAGCUGUGGGACUGGGGAGUUUCCGCAAUUUCGCCACACUCAAAUGUAUGCCACUAUACGUGUCAGCGUGCGUGUAGGUGUGUGCGUGUAUUUGUUAGAGCAGUCGUGUAAAUGGAGCCACAUACAUUUCUUUACGAUGUUCCCCCGUUGGUCAUUGAACAAUUCUGCCAAAUAAUGGACAUUGGAUGUUGCCGCUAUGGAUGGCGCGCUCUCGCCCGAAUCUGCCCGAGCUUCUCGGAGGUUCGUGUGUUUGAGCAUAUGGAGGCAGGGGGUCGCAGUCCCACCAAGGAGCUGCUGUGGUCCUGGGCCCAGCAGAACUCGCGAGUGCAGGACCUGCUCGGGGUACUGCAAGACAUGGGCCACCAUCGGGCCUCGCAGAUCUUCCUGGGUCACUUUCAUGCAGUCAGAGGGGAACACCAGCCACCAGUCACUUUGCAAGACAUCCUUAAAGGAACCAGAGAUUUUCACUCUGAAGCAAAAAUUUCAGAGGGCAGCUUCUCUGACAUCUACCAGGCACAGGUGGAAGGCAAAACAUUUGCAGUAAAGCUUUUCAAACAGGUGAACAAUACAUCCUGGAAGAAGCUCUGGGAUAUUUUCAGGAAACAGAUGGAAGUCCUUCGAUUGUGUCGACAUCCAAACAUUUUAGAAUUGUUGGGUUGUUUUUCUGAUGAGAGUCGCUACUGUCUGGUGUAUCCAUACAUGCACAAAGGUUCACUCUUCCACGCCCUCCAUCAUCAGGAAGGCGUGCCCCCUCUUUCUUGGCAGGAACGUCUCGCCAUCAUAAAGGGGGUCGCAGAGGCCCUGCAUCAUCUCCACAAAUCUCAACCAUGUGCGGUCAUCUGCGGGAAUCUCUCCAGUUCCAACAUACUUUUGGAUAGCGCCAUGCAACCCAAGCUGUCCGAUUUCGGCUUGGCUGGACUCCGCCCUCAUCUGGUCAGCCGUUGUCAUACCGGCACCCUGUGUACGAGUUCCCUCGCCAACCUGGGUUACCUCCCCGAGGAGUACAUUCGACAUGGCAGACUCUCCUGCAGCCUGGAUGUUUACAGCUUCGGAAUGGUGGCAAUGGAAACAUUGACAGGACGCAAAGUCAUUAAGGAGGUUCCCAAACGUACACAGCUGAAAUAUUUGCUGGUCUCUGAAGCGGAGGACAGUGGUGUAGACGCUUGUCUGCAGUUUUUGGAUGCGUCAGCUGGACAGUGGCCAACUUCUAUGACGCGUCGUCUUCUGGAUCUUUCCUUGCAGUGCACUGCCAGUCACCAUCGCGACCGACCCAGCAUGAACAAAGUUCUCCAUGCUUUAAUUGAGCUGCUUCCCCCAUCAAGUUGCUCCUCUUUGGACCCACCUCACAGCCUGCAGGACGGAGCCCCCAUUCAUGUCGAGCACACACCCAGCUUACCUGUGGAGAACGACGAGCAGCACAGCCUCCGCACCUCCGCAUCGCGGACAGGACCGUGCGAAUGCAGCCAGUCGGAGGUGACAUAUCUAAGUGUCACCGAGGCGGAUCAUGUCGACACAACAACCGGGGAUCCGCACAAAAGCUGGCCGGUGCAGUGCAGCUGCCAAACUGCUACAGGCGAUCUCUGCGAGGACUGCAUGGCCAACAUUUUUACACACACUUCCACACAGUUCUCAGAGUAAUGGCCUGUUGUUUCAACCACUGAGACUUGCUGUUGUGGCCACAGAGUAGGUGCUCUUGUGUUAAAGGGGAACUGCACUAGUUUUUGGAAUCUUGUCUAUCAUUUACAAUCUUUAUGAGGGACAAGAAGACAAACAAUUUUUUGUUUUUUUUUGCAUUCUGAUUUGUAAUAAUCUGCUCGUUCUUGGUGGCCUGCAAUGCACUUAAUGGCAGCAAUUCAUUCAGCAUCUAAAUCACUUUAAAAAUGCAUUCAGAAACUGUCAAAAUUACUUUAUUUACGUUCCGUAACCUGUUUAAUAACCAAAUUGUAGCGACGUUGUUUUUGUAAGAGCGAACACAGAGGAACUAUUUUUCUAGCAUAGUAAUACAUCACCUUGCAACGACCUUACGACGGCAUGCAGCUGACUGGCUUUUGAGUUUGUAAUGCACAACACUAUGCAGUAAGACACCAAUCUGUACUGACUGAAAAACAUGAACAAAUAUUUUUACAGUAUCUGUAAAGAAUUAGCCCACAUUUCAUGCUAUGUUUGUACACAGCUAGCUCGACAGCGUAUGUACUGUGGUUGUACUAACAAGCAUGUAUCAUGAUCAAUAUUAUAGUGACUCACUCAAUGGACAGUUGGGCGUUUGGUCCAGCUGGUGGGGGACGUUUCCAAUUGAUUUUGGGUAAGCACGCCAUUUAUGUCGGCAUAGCAUGGCUCAAAGUUCCACAUUUAUACCUGCAAGUCACGCCGACCUCACUCUCUCAGCUUCCGUCUGCUCCAACGCUUCACCCUCUGUUCGUGCUUGCUUCUAUCAGCAGCAGUUCAUCCUCCGUAUAUUCAGCUUCAAAAAGAUUAAAGAUUAAGAUUAAAGUACCAAUGAUUGUCACACACACACUAGAUGUGGUGAAAUUUGUCCUAUGCAUUUGACCCAUCCCCUUGGGGAGCAGUGGGCAGCAGCGGCGCCGCGCCCGGGAAUCAUUUUUGGUGAUUUAACCCCCAACUCCAACCCUUGAUGCUAAGUGCCAAGCAGGGAGGUUAUGAGGUUGUGAAUCCUCAUUUGUCCAAAAGUAGUCGUCUUUGUCGUCUGUUACCAAGUCUGCCAUGAUUAGAACAAACUCACAUUUGUUUCAGGAAGUAGGAACACACGUUUGUUGCCGGAAGUCCGCUGCCGAUUUAAACGGAAAUAUAUGCGCUGAGGAAAUAAGUUCCGAUAUUCCUUAAAAUGACCAAAAUACGGCAAAUUGUACAUAUUACAUAUUGUUAUGAAAGGGUUGAAGUGGUUUUAGAGGGCUUUGAAGGCUACACUGGUACAUCCUGCAAGCGUUUUUUAUAAUCUUUAAAUUCUUUAAAAAAAAAAGAAAAGAUGGGUGUUCUUGUCUCAUAAUGAUUGUGAACGAUAGGAAAAAUUCCAAAAUAAAAGUGCAGUUCCCCUUCAAUACUUAAGAUAGUAUAUAUGUAAUACAUGAUAGUAGGGGUGCUAAAAAAAUUGAUUCACCCCUAAAUCGCAAUUCUUAUUUAUUCGGAUUUUUCUAAAGUCUUUAUAAAAUGAUGUACUUACGUUACAUCCGUUUGGGAGAAUGCUGCAUUUAAGUAACCUUGUUAAUUUGAGAUUCAGAGAUCAUGAGCCACAAAGUAUAAUUCCCUUAAAAACAUGCAUUUUAUUUUGUAUAGCUGUCAUCUUGAAAUUUCGAGCCAGUAAUAACGAAUUUUAAACAUCAGAAUUGUGUUAGAUUUGUUCAAAAUGAAUUAUUAAAGUAACUGGGUGAUAAA